UGGAGCAGACAGAAUCAGUUUGUUCAUUUAAUCUUUGCAAAUUAAAAGAUAGACGCUAAGUGGGUGUCAUAAAUAGCUGUUCCAGAUUCUGGCUGCUUCAAUUUUAGCAAAUUCCCCUCAUGGUAUUUUAUAUUCCUCCCUGGUGGUAUUCCCAAGUGUAGCUUGGGGUAAAGUUUCAGUGCCACAAGCGGUAACCCUGAGCUACACUCGGGCUUACCAUGCGGGGCUGCUCCGGGAUCUGUUCUUCACUUACCUUGUCCUGCGCUCCUGCGAUGUCCCUCCUGCAGUGUCCCCGGCAAUAUCCUCCGGCGAAUGCCGGCAUCUGUCAUCUGGGUUCCGUCCCCUGCGAGCGUCGGGACAUACGGGGACGGAACGGCGGGAAAUUUGAAAUUGACAAAAAGUGACAUUCACUAAAAUUAC